GUUACCGGUAACACGACCAUCGAUCAAACAAUAGUAAAAGUGAUGCGAUUGACAGAAAAGUUGUUCAGGAGAAUCACAGAUGAAGUGACCAAGAUGAGUUCUGGGACGAAGAUCAUGAAUACAACGUGCCGGAACUGCAAGUAUCCUGGAAGUGAAAUAGAUCGUUGCCACGUGGAUGAUUCUUCUGUUACCUGGAGUGCAGAAUACCCAGAUUACAAGCCAGAAUUGUACGAUUCCGAGAGACUCGCCGGCAAACCAUGGGCUGAUCCUGCUUUGGGGACUGAAGAAUACCGCCAGAUUAAGUUUAACACCAAAGAUGGGAAUGUGGAUCGUACCAGUCAUUUAGGGAAUUACAGAAUUGUCGAUGGAUUGCCUAGGAAUCCGAUUGGGAGGACAGGAAUUGGAGGGAGAGGACUCCUGGGACGCUGGGGACCAAAUCAUGCGGCAGAUCCGAUUGUCACGCGCUGGAAGAGGGACGCCAAUGGCAUUGCUAUGAAGAAUCCCAUCACGAAGCAAAAAUACCUGCAGAUGUGUGCCAUCAAGAGGAAGGAUUGCGGAGAAUGGGCCAUUCCUGGUGGUAUGGUGGAUCCUGGGGAGCAAGUGACGGCAACUCUGAAGCGGGAAUUUGUAGAGGAGGCUCUCAAUAGUGAUACCCGUCCCUUGGAGAUCGAUAUCUUCUUCCAGCUCGGCGGCAAAGAGGUCUACAAGGGCUAUGUGGAUGAUCCAAGGAAUACAGACAAUGCCUGGAUUGAGACUCUAGCCAUGAACUUCCAUGAUGAAAAUGGGGACUUAGUGGGGCGAUUCAAUCUCGAGGCUGGAAGUGAUGCAGCUCGUGUGAUGUGGAAGGAUAUCGACAGGAAUAUCAAGCUCUAUGCCAAUCAUUCGAAGAUGGUUAAGGCAGUUGUUCAGCGACUUCAAGCCCAUUGGUGAAUUAUUUAUUCUUUAUUAUUCAAUUUCUAAAAUCCUCUUAUCAUAGAAAGAUACUUAAGCAUUUAUCGACAUCUCAUUAACAAAUCUUGCAACUUCAUUUCUCUAAAAUUCAUUUAAAUAUUAUUACUAUUUUCUUUCGAAAAAAAAAAUUCUAUCGCGGAGGAUGUGAAAAAUUGGUGGAAUAGGAUAAGGAAUAUUAAUUGAAAUUUUGUUUUUUUGAUAUGAGUGUCUCUUUUUGAUAUCUUGUUGAAUUGUCAUUGGAUGUUGGGAGAUUAAAAUUGUGUAUUUCGUUAAGAUUGAGUAGGAUUAAGGAGAGGAUUUACAAUGUAAAUUAAUACCAAAUAAAUAAUGUGAAAAUGUAAAAUAAAUUGAGAAAAAUACAAUACUUGAACUCUU